AUGAAUGGAGUAAAAGAACUUGGGAUCGUCGAUCUCUUCCUUAAAGAUUGGGAUGAGUCGAUGUUGGUCGAUGGUGUGAAAACACUUCCUGAUGUCGAAUUCAAAAAACCAGCGAGAGGGCCUGAAUCGAAUGCUCGAAUGUACUUACUUUUCUUUGUUGAACCUUCUACGGUCUACCCUCUUUCUCGACAUCCCAAUUCUAGCACUACUCUACAGGGAGUGGGAAUAAAGCUCCAGUCCUUAGCCCUGAACUCCUUCAAUAUCGCACCUACUACCAAAGAAGCUGAGCCUACUUUACGCACUUCCACACAAAGCAGGCAAGGAAUCAGUCCCAACAACGUCUACGUUAACAAAGGAUACUGUAACAAGAAAAGUGCUUACUCCACCAGCCAGCAGCUCCUUCUUUCACAACCGAGUCUGGCUAUCUUCCUGAGACUGGUAUCCUUACUGAGGGGAAAUGGGGUGACAAAGAAGAAGGACUUAUUGCAAUCUCAGGUACAACGGCUAGUUGGAAAGCCUUUCAAUUCAAGCCAAUCUCUUAAUUCACAUGAAUGUGAAACCGUUGCAACCGAUCAUGCAUAUCAAUCAUCCUCCGCUUACAGUUCUGGCACUAAGCCAAGGUUUCUAUGGAUUCAGUCCUGUGGAAAAAUACAUAUUUAUUUUAGGGCAAUUCAGUUAGUAGUUUCACCGGUAAAUCCUUGGGACACUAGCGAGUCUAUCCUUAAAAGCCCUAAAAAUUGGGUCCAUGAAGCCUUAGAUACUCCAAGUUGGGCAAGCUUGGAUGCCCCUACUCCCAACAAGUUGUUGGUCGGGAUCGUGAAACUAUCGCUGUUUGGUCAUAAGGAUAAUAGUUCUUAUCUUAUUAGGUCAGGGGCGGGCGGCCCGAGGGUUACCCGCGAUUGGUAA